AGGUCAUCUUCCAGAGAUAAAGGAAGGAUUAGGCAUCCAGGCGUUGCCCAGGGAUGCUGCUGCUGUGCCUCACACAGUUGUCAGUGUGGUAGUGACAGGCCACACCUGGCAGUGGUCACCGUGCAGCUCCUGUGAGUCAGGGCUGUGGUUCACCCUCACAGAGCUGCUCUGAUCAGCUCCAGCGGCAGUAGAGGGAGCCUAGGCUCUCUUGAGGAAGAGGAGACUGGAGGGUCCCUGCUGCAUUCUGAGAAGAAGCGGCCGGCUGCAGCCUCCAUGUGUGAAGUUCCCAGCACGCACUCAGCUGGGCUGCUCCACACCCUCAAUUGUGGAUGAGCCCUGGAGCUUGUCAACGAGAAAAAGAGAGAGCGAGAGAGCGAGAGAGAGAUCCCAUCUUGCUUUCUUAGAGAAAGGGCUGAGGAAUGUGCUACCCAAGAAAUUUGGCAAUGAGAAGAGUGAAAGGCAGUUUUGUGCCAGCAGCUAAGUUGUAAAAUUGCUUUGGAGGCUACCCAGGGAGCGCGAAAGAACUGACAAAAGAACAGACACCAUUGCAGACCAAAGGCAUGCCUGAUUGCAAGAGUCGGGUCGCUGGGACGCAGCCUCCGCUCCUGCUCUAACUAUGUGUGGCUGAAUAAGGAAAAGGAGACUAGAAACACAAUUGCAAGUGGUAGUCCUGAAAGGAAAACAUAUACAUCCCAAAAGGAGGGGAGGAACAACCCAGCUGGUGUGCACCCUUUUUUUUUUUUAAAGGAGAAUCCCUCAGACUCUGUGUGAAGUUAUGUGGAAAUGAGAAAGAUUCACAAAACCCCUCCUUCAGGAGAGAAUGUCUUUGAUAAAUGCAGCAUUGCUUCUGGUUUCCACAGGACAUUGACAUUGUGGCCUUCCUUUCUAUUUUCAAUGAUUCCCAGAACAUCUGAACUGUGAUGCUUGCCUCAGAUUUACAGAUUUUCAUCCUAAUACCUUGUUUACUUUUUUGGGGCAGAAAAGCUUGCACUAAUUGCUCUCCAUGGUGGCUAAUCUUUUGAAGAGCUUGAUUUUACCUUAUAUACAUAAGCUUUGCAAAGGAAUGUUUACAAAGAAAUCGGGAAAUACAACUCAAAAAAAAGAGAAUCAGCAGCAGAAAAAGGAUCAAGGUUUUCCUAUUGCCAGCCAGACCAACCUCCCCAAAUUUUCUAAUACCUUAAAAAGCACUGUAAAGAAGUUCGCAAAGUGUUCAACUACUCGCAAUUUAUCUACUGAAGAAGACGAGGCUAACAAAGACUUUUCUCUCUCACCAACAUUCAGUUACCGGGUAGCUAUUGCCAAUGGCCUGCAGAGGAAUACUAAUGUAACCAGUGGUGAGCGUGAGGAUCUACUUCAAGAGUUCUCUUCAAUUGAGAGUUCCUACUCAGAAUCACUAAAUGAACUAAGGAGCAGUACAAUAAACCAGGUGGAGUCAGUACACACCAUGCCUGUUAGACGCAAUAGAAAGAGUUCAAGCAGCCUAGCUCCCUCUGAGGGCAGCUCUGACGGGGAGCGCACUCUACAUAGCUUAAAACUAGGCGCUUUACGAAAACUGAGGAAAUGGAAGAAGAGUCAAGAGUGUGUGUCCUCAGAUUCAGAGUUGAGCACCAUGAAGAAAACAUGGGGAAUUAGAAGCAAGUCUUUGGAUAGAACUGCCAGAAACCCAAAGGCAAAUGCCCUGGAGCCAGGAUUCAGCUCCUCUGGUUGCAUUAGUCAAACACAUGAUGUCAUGGAGAUGAUAUUUAAGGAACUUCAGGGAAUAAGUCAGAUUGAAACAGAACUUUCUGAACUCCGAGGGCAUGUCAACGCUCUCAAGCACUCCAUUGAUGAGAUCUCCAGCAGUGUGGAGGUUGUACAAAGUGAAAUUGAACAGCUUCGGUCAGGGUUUGUGCAGUCUCGGAGGGAAACCAGAGACAUCCAUGAUUACAUUAAACACUUAGGUCAUAUGGGGAGCAAGGCAAGCCUGAGAUUCUUAAAUGUGCCUGAAGAAAGAUUUGAAUAUGUUGAAAGUGUCGUGUACCAAAUUCUAAUAGAUAAAAUGGGGUUUUCAGAUGCACCAAAUGCUAUUAAAAUUGAAUUUGCUCAGAGGAUAGGACACCAAAGGGACUGCCCAAAUGCAAAACCUCGGCCCAUACUUGUGUACUUUGAAACCCCUCAGCAAAGGGAUUCUGUCUUGAAAAAAUCAUAUAAACUCAAAGGAACUGGCAUUGGAAUCUCAACAGAUAUUCUGACUUACGAAAUCAGAGAAAGAAAAGAGAAAGGGAUACCAUCUUCCCAGACAUACGAGAGCAUGGAUAUGAAGUUGUCAACUCCAGAGCCUAAAAUCAAGAACACUUGGCAGUCACCUGAUGACAGUGAUGCAGAUCUAGAAUCUGACCUCAAUAGAAACAGCUAUGCCAUGUUUUCCAAGCCAGAAUUUCCAACAAAGGAAAGUACUUCUAGGUCAAGCUCAAAAUCACACAGUGCUAGAUCUAAGAAUAAAAAUGCUAAUAGCAGCAGGAUUUCAAAUAAAUCAGAUUAUGAUAAAAUGUCCUCACAACUGCCAGGAUCAAAUAACUUGGAAAAGCAAACCACACCCCAAUAUGCAGAGGCAACACCUCUCUGGCAUUCACAAAGUGAUUUCUUCACUACCAAACUUAGUCGUUCUGAAUCAGAUUUUUCCAAACUAUGUCAGUCUUACUCAGAAGAUUUUUCAGAAAAUCAAUAUUUUACUAGAACUAAUGGGAGCUCCCUCUUGUCAUCUUCAGACCGGGAACUUUGGCAGAGGAAACAAGAGGGCACACCAACAUUAUAUGACAGUCCUCAGGACAAGCAUUUGGAUGGGAGUACUCAAGGUGUCCAAGCGCAGAGUGAAAUUGAGAAUACAGAAACUGUAGACAGUGGAAUGAGUAAUAGCAUGGUUUGUGCAUCUGGAGACCGAAGUCAUUAUAGUGAUUCUCAGCUCUCUUUACAUGAGGAUCUUUCUCCAUGGAAGGAAUGGACUCAAGUAGAACAAGGGGCUGAUUUAGGCUUGGAUUCAUCUAUCCAGGAAGUUUUAGACUAUGACACAAACAGUCUAUCUGACCAACAGCUAGAUGUCUUCAAUAAAGACCUAGAAGACUUGGGAAAAUGUCACAGUGACUUUCAAGAUGACUCUGAAAGCUAUGAUUUAACCCAAGAUGACAAUUCAUCUCCAUGCCCUGGAUUGGAUAAUGAACCACAAGGCCAGUGGGUUGGCCAGUAUGAUUCUUACCAGGAAGCUAGUUCUAAUGAUCUAUACCAAAACCAAGGCCAGUUGGCCAUGAUGUAUCAAAGUCAAAGUGAACUGCAAAGUGAUGAUUCAGGGGAUGCCCCACCCAAAUCUUGGCAUAGUCGAUUAAGCAUUGAUCUUUCUGAUAAGACUUUCAGCUUCCCCAAAUUUGGAUCUACCCUACAGAGGGCUAAAUCGGCUUUGGAAGUAGUAUGGAACAAAAGUACCCAGAGUCUUAGUGGGUACGAGGACAGUGGCUCUUCUUUAAUGGGGAGAUUCCGGACAUUAUCUCAGUCAACUGCAAAUGAAUCAAGUACUACCCUUGACUCUGAUGUCUACACAGAGCCCUAUUACUACAAAGCAGAGGAAGAAGAGGACUAUAGUGAACCAAUGGCUGAUAAUGAAACAGACUACGUUGAAGUGAUGGAACAAGUCCUUGCUAAACUAGAAAAUAGGACUAGUAUUACUGAAACAGAUGAACAAAUUCAGGAGUAUGACCUCCCUUCAUAUGAAACACCUUAUGAAACCCCACAAGAUGAGGGUUAUGAAGGGCAAGCAGAUGAUAUGGUUAGUGAAGGGGAACUGGAACUCUUAAAUGAACCAGCAGCUGAAAUGGAGAUAAGAGAAGAUGAAAACCAAAACAUCCCUGAACCACCAGUGGGAAUCACAAAGCCAAAGAGAAUUCGUCCUUCUUUCAAAGAAGCAGCUUUAAAGGCGUAUAGAAAGCAAAUGGCAGAAUUGGAGGAGAAGAUCAUGGCUGGAGAUAGCAGUUCUGUGGAUGAAAAGGCUCGAAUAGUAAGUGGCACUGAUUUGGAUGCUUCCAGAUCCUCUGCACUCCAGGUGUUUGGAGG